AUGGUUAACCUGGUACUAAAGUACACGAUAACACCCAACCAGAGUGAGGUGGUUCCUCCUCUAGAGGACAUAGUGGAAAAUACCUUUCAGAUAGGGGAUUAUACAAGAGAGAACUUCAAGCAGUUUUUGUCUUCAAUUCAUUGUAUAGAAAAUCUUGAAUUUGUCACCGAAGUCAAUCAAUACCUAAAGGCUGACAUUUCUGAAUAUGAAACAUUGUGGGAAAGAAUAUACAAUACUUUCUUGCGAGAAGACUCAGAGAAAGAGAUCAAUAUUACACACACCAUGAGACAAACCUUUAGCAUCGACAAAUUACCUUACAUGGAGGAUUUACAAAGGGCCAAACUGCUUAUAAAUGACAUAUUACUAGACUCCUACUAUGAGUACGUGAGAAGUGUAAAGAUGAGCCAAGCACUCAGACGUCAGUCUGAGCCUAUUCCACCUGAACGUUCUAUUACACCAGAUUGUCACUUAAAACUCCACGACAUCGGUACUCCUUCGUCUUCAACCAGUGAGAGUACGGAUGUUUUUGACCAAGAAGAUACAGAUAUGGUUUCAGCCUCUAAGGGUAGAACCAACAGCACAGGGUCAAGCAGAGGCUCAUCAAUCGGUUCUAUAGUAGAUAGUCUCAAGCAUAACGACUACAUUCCUUGGAAGAGAACAGUGAGGAAGUUCAGAAUAAGGCGAUUUUCAAAUGAUGGACCUUGA